AGGUUCUCUUUUUUAUCAACAAAGAUGGUCUAAGUAUGAGUGCUGUCUUGACCGGCUUUGGUUUGAAUUAACGACGACACAUUUCUACAUAAAUGCUGGUUAAGAAGACACAGUAAUAGCAGCAUGCCCUUGUUGCUGUGCUAUUGUACCUAUGAAAGGACAACAAGAGUUAGGAAAGCGCUGGGAAAAGUGCCAUGAAUUUCGGCUCGGAAAGCAGCAACCAUGGCAGCGACAACGCGUUUCAACGACUUUCGGUUACUCAAAUCUCGCCAAAAGAUUUGGACAAGAACUUCACAACUCUUCAGAAAGUGUUCAGUAGCGUGAAUCCGGCUAAAAAUGCCUGCUUGAGACCUCAACAUGACUCGGUGAGUUUUGGCCAUUUUGAACAGGGUGUUCGCCUCAAUGAGAUUUACACUGAUAUCGGUCGAAAAUUUGGCGAUCGCUCAAAGAUUGUGUUGGCGAGAGAGUGUCUUGUUCGGCUUCAAGCAUCCGCCGAGUUUAUUGGAGAACUGGAGGAAACCUUUGAAAACUACACCUCUUACAUGGAGAGCGGGAGGAAAAUUUCACGCGACUUUCCAUUCAAAGUUGAGGGAUUUCAUAACAUUUGCCAAAAGGCUAAGACUCAAUGCAUGUACCGUGUAUCGUUGACAAAAAUGGUAUCUACGGACCCUUGGCUUCGAAGUUCUUUGCCUGAUAUGCACGAUGAUUUGUCGAUGGUUUACAAAACACUUCAUCAACACGCAGAAAGGGCUUUUUCGCUUAUCGGGAAUAUUUUGCUUUGUGUACUGCGAAUUGCUGAAAAAUGCAAAUGGGGUUUGAGUCGGCAAGAGUUAAACUGCGUUUGCCAAGGAAUCGAAGAUUUCAAUCGACUUGUUGAAUACUGUAAAAGCUUUAAAAACGAUGAACAUAAAAUGCUGAGUUUAAGUGAGGAAAGUCGUUUUGCGCUGUCGAACUCUACUCAGGGAAGGUUAGGAGCCUUGUUGUUAUUUCCAGCUGUUUCUACCUCUGCUGAUCAUGUUUGUUUAUUAAGCCUGAGCAAACUUUUGACUGGCAUCGCUUUUGCACGCUCGAAAAUAUUGGCCGGGUAUGUUCGUAAAUUUGUAAGCGAACACCAAGAAGUUUCACGAGUACUGAAAUACGACUUCGCUUCUUACUUUGAGUGGAAAGAUUUCGGGGUUGUCUCAAUCGGCGGCAACACGAGAACCGAAGGAGGCCCCCCAAAUGGGGUAUUGUCAGUUUUGGGUCGAAACCAAAUCCCUCUCUUGAAACUUGACCCUGAGUCGCCCUUGUUAAUGUUUGAUUCACAGGAGCAGUCAUUUUUUAGUAAUUUGAUAUCACAACUUGCUACAUCCACCACACUAAUUUUGGGACGGCACAUGAGCAGUGAAAAAAAAUCUGUUGUCCUUCCACCUCUACAAACCCCUAAGACAAAAGUUGUAACAGCUGCUGGUGGAACUGGGGCUGAUGAGGGAGGGGUGGGUAGUAGUUUGGCAAUGCAUCCAGAAGGACAUGGUAUUCUUAGACAUUCACCUGGACAUGGGUCGCCAAGGCUUAACAAGCGUGUACAAUGGAAUGAGCCACUUGACGUGGAAACCAUGAAUCAGAUACAAUCUCAGUACAGUGCAAUGCUUUGGACCAGUUUUGGAGAAGAAUUGAUAGAUGAAAUGUCAGACAUUCCAGGUUUUACAAGUGUAACAGAAAGUACCCUGGGACCAUUGUUUCUGUGGUCCGACCUCCUUCAGAUGGUUAUUGUGAGGAUGUUGGAGUCUUUGCGGCUUUCUGGUAAGUACUUUAUCAUCACUUAUUUUUGUAAGACUUAAAUUUCGCAAUUUUCACAAUUUAAAAAAUUUCGCGAAAUUAAAGUCCUGCAAAAAAAAAGGAUUGGAAAGAGUGAAAAAUUGACUUUAUUUGAAGAAGCGAAAUUGCGUAACCUUAAUAAAAACCUUUAUUUAAGUUUUCCGUCUGCUAGGAGCAUGUAGCUAAAACUGUAGGUCCCAAAACAUUACAGAUAUGUCACACCUUGCAAAAUAGUUCUCCACCUGUUUCCCAGAUUCAAAUACAUAGAUGUUUUUUGUUCAAUGUAAAAUUCAGUUCGUUUUUAGGUAUAUAUACAGGUGCUCUUAUUUGUAUUGUAAAACUCCCUUAUUAAGUGUGCACUAGUCACACGAAAUGCUUAGGAGACAAUAAAAAAUUUUACAACUCAAGAAGUUUGCAGAAGAGCUGCUCGCUGGUUUAUCCUUUUAAAAAUGUUCUUAACAGCCCCAGGAUGGAGCAAAGUAGGAAUAUCCUAACUUGUUCAAGGGAAGACAACCUUAUCGCAUAAGAUCCAUUUGAAAACAUUGAGGCGAUCCUUAUCUUAAAGCUUAUUGGCAGCGCCAUCAAGCUAAAUAGUGCCUCGAUUGCUUAUAUCAGUGUACUUUUAAAAGAUGUCAUGUUGCUGACUUUGUUUAAUGUUUCAACCAGUUGCUUGUUGCAUUUCUAUUCAGUUAUAGUUAAAUAAAAUGCAGAAAUGGAAGUUUUAAAAACAAGCGCUAGUUUACUUGGUUCGCAAAAUUUAAUUACAUUGAAAAACGGUGAUUCUUCAAAAUUGCGAAUUUUAAGGCCUGCGAAAUAUUUCUAUUCCAAAUUCACAAAAUUAAGGUCGCUCAAAAAUAAGUGAUAAUAAGGUAAGUGUUUAUGUGUUACAGUAUAGUGUCUAUUAUUAUGACAAGGCUUAUCUUUUCUGCUCUGAGUACUCCGCAAUUUUUUUUUAAACCUCCCGGUGAUAAGGUUAUUAGGAGUUUUUACAAUAUUUUGAGGUAUUACAGUGUUUGACUGGGGAAGGAAAGUAAUGGUUGGUUGAAUUUAUCAGGAGGCUCGAAUAACUAUGGGUUAAAGAUAUCUGAAAAUAUACGGUAUAUUCCUAAUAGGAGCAGCUUCAAAUAAAGUCUAUUUUUUACUCUCUUACAUAACCAAAAAUAUUUAACUAAAAGGUGAGAUUGGUUGAGCAAGGCUUUUGGGAAAUAUUAAGAAAAGGAAAUAAAAAGCAAGUAGAAUGCUGACUCAUCUGCCUAAUAUCAGAUCUCUUAAAGAUGUUUUUCAUACCAUUGGACAUUUGAUCACUUUUUUCCCUUCUAAUUUAAUGUUUUACUUUUAAGUUUUAUCUAAAAAGGUUGUUUUUGUGUUAUAUAUCUUCUAUGUUGUUUUUGCGAUUAUGCUGACUGCUCAGAGAUUCAGUAGAUUUGGUAUAUGGCACAUAUUAAGUAGAUCUAAUAUUGAAACAAAGUAGCAUCAAGAUUUUGCAAUGUUGUUCUGUUGAGGUAAAGUUCUAGCUGUAUAAUAAAACUGUGCAGUGGUCUCAUUCUCCAACAAAGGGUGCAUUGAUUCCUUUGAGAUGAUCUGUAGAAGGAUUCAUGAUCUAAGGUUGUUCACAUCCUUUUGUGCAUCAAAGAAACUGCUAAAUCCCAAAGAUUCAUCAGAACCUUUGAUGCGCCCUGAUCUGAGUGAUCUUCCAACAUACCAUAAAUCCUAAUCUGGAUCAUCUCAGAGGAAUGCAACCGAAAUCUCAGUCGACAAAAAGUCAAGAAAAACUUUCACAAUAUGCAGCAUCACAGUUUGUUAAUAAUAUUGUAGUGAUUGUAAAGUUCAUAACUAAUAUUGUGACGAUCUAAAACACACAAUAUUGUGUGUUUUAGUGGUUUGGAAACUGCUGACCAGUUCGAAUGGUUUGGAUGUAUAGUGAUUGUGUAGAGCUAUAUAUGACCAUAUAUAUAGCAAACCCUAAUCCAUGUGUGUUUGUAAUGAUGCCAGCAAAGCAAAAACAAUUACCCAUGAAUUUUCUUGUGUUCCUUUGUGUAAUUUUUUUUUGCAGCUUUAUCUGUAAAAAUAGCAAAUAACGCACUAUGUGUUUUUGUGGCAAAGUUAAAGAUGCUUCAUGAAAUAAAAGUCAAAGAAGUAAUGGAUUAAGACAGAAAAUAGCACAUGAUCAUCUGUCUGUGUAGAUGCAAUGUUGCUGUGACAGAAAAAUGGAACCCAACAAAUAUAUAAGUUGCAUCCAUCUUGAACAAAAAGAAAUAAUACUGAUGCUCAAUGGAGCCACCUUAUUGUCUGGACUGGUAAUCUCUCAUUACCGUCCUUAAUUCUAGCAGAUGGAACACUUUGGGGACUCUGCAUUAUCAUCAUUCACGAAUUGCUGUUUAUUUAGCGAUGUUUUGUCAUUCAAUUUUACCCUUCGUUCAGAUUAUUUGCUUUAUGCUCAAGACAAUAUAUAUUUAUCAUGUACCCAAACACAAAGGAAAACAAAGGUUGAAGUAAGGUAAAAUGGAAGCAUGUGUAUAUGAACUUGUCUGUGUGGGGGUGGAGGGAGUUGGGGGUGGGGGAAGAUCUGUAGAGGUGAAUGGUAUUACAUUUCAAAUAGAAUGCCUUCAACAACCUUUUGCAAAGUUAGUCAACCCAUAUCUCUGGCAUAAAAUCCUGGGAGACCUUGUUUAUCCCAUCACUUUUAGAUCCUUAUUAAAUACAUUCAUAUCAAUUUUGUGUGAAACGUUAAUGCAAUAAAUUUUUGUUUGUGUGCACCACGCAAAGUGCACUUGAAACGUUUCUCAUUUUCACAUUUUGAAUGUACCUUUACAGCUGCCUCUUUGUCAUCAUAAAAUAUUUAAAAAGCUAUGAGAUGUGAAGACCACCUCUUUUAUUGUACAAUUUGUUAGAAAUAUCAAUAGCAAAAAUGUUUAAGUUAAAGAAUUUUUACCAUAAACAGCCCAGUUCCUCCAAUGUUCAGUUGUUUCUAGUCUAAGAGCAAUUUUUAUCAUCUAUUUUUUCACUUUGGUGGUCAUUUAAAGAGUGCUUUUUAAAACAGAAUUAUACACGUGUUGCAUAGGGUUCAUUUUGCAGUCAUUCUAUUAUUUGCUUUAGAAAACAGGAGAAUUCAUUUGAAUGAUAGAAAAAAAUAUUGCGAAUGGCCAGUUCCACAGAAUGUUUUCGUUUAUCAAUUUUGCACUGUGUACUCUUAUCAUGUACGAUAUGAUGCAUUACAUAUAAGAAGGAAACCUAGCAGGUGAAUAUUCUUUAUGUGAAAUUCUGAUGUCUUUUUAAUAAUAUUGUAAACCUGCAAUGGCUACUGUUUUUAUUUAUUAUUUUAUAGGAUACAUUUUUCCCACAAAACAAGGCCUCAAGGAAUCGUUUACAAGUAAAGUUAAUAUUCUUUCGCUUCUCUGAUUAAUCACUUGCCCUGAGGCCAGGUCAGGUGAAAAUUAUGCAAGGAAACUCAUUUUGAACUAUCUGAUCUUGAGGUUGUGCUUUUUGUAAGAAACAACAGAAAACAACGUUUUUAACAAAGCAUGCAUGUAUGUGGAAAAUUAAUGUCAAUUGUAUUUCUCUACAUAUAUUUAAUGCCGCAACAAUUUUAGUGGUGAAAUGGUUGUGAAUUUAUCUUUGUCAUUUAAUAUGCAAUUGAUUAAAAACCAAGGAACUAAACAUGAUUAAUGGGGACUUAGAGAUAUGAAAGCAUUUCGGUUAAUUUCCAUUUGUUUUGUGAAGCUAAAUGGUAAUUUCAUUUAAUGACAAACUACCAUUUUCUGACUGCACUGAAGUUUUAAAUUUAAAAAAAUCUGAUUUGAAUAAUAUUCAAAAUAGUUAAACAGUUGUAACCAUUUUGUUCUUCAUUUUGAUCAUUUCUUUCUUGAAGAAAAAUCAUUGAAAGGGAUCUUAGUUAAGACUUUACCCAGUGGAAGAGUAGUUAUAUUUAAGGUGUCAUAGGUUAUGUUUACCCCACUUGGCAAAAGUAUAUGUAGUUUUUCUUUGCCUGAUGUUGUGUUCUCUUUAGUAAAAAUAGAGACCUUUAGAUUCGAGGAUGAGAAUGACUACAAGUAUGAGUUUUGACAUAAAGCUUUUUUCACAUAUAUUCUCAUAAAAAAAGCACCCCAGAAAGCUCCAUUGUACUUUUUUCAUGAAAGAAAUUAGCACAGUUACCUUUAUUGAAGUGGAUAGUGGAUCCGAACCUUUUACACUGACUGUUCUAGCUGUGUAGUAAAUAAUGGUUACGCCUCUGUCUUCUUUAAACUACAAAGAGGUGUUCGCCAAGGGUGCCCUCUUUCCGGCUCCCUAUUUGUGCUGUGCGCUGAAAUUCUUGCUAAUGCAAUAAGGUCUAAUGCAAAUAUUCAAGGAAUCAACAUAUAUGGAAAGGAAUUCAAAAUUUCACAAUACGCAGAUGAUACCACUGUUUUUGUCUCUGAUAUAACAUCUGGCCAAAACCUCUUCCAACUGCUCCACGCUUUUCAAAAAUGCUCUGGUCUUGAAGUUAACAGAAGCAAGACAGAGGGCUUGUGGCUAGGCGCGAACAAAAACAACCCGGAAGAACCUCUUGAUAUUGCAUGGCCAAAAGAUCCUGUAUUUGCACUUGGUAUUCACUUCUCUUAUGAUGACGAAGCUGCUUUCAAAAGGAACUUUGAACAGAAACUGUCCUCGAUGGCUUCCUUGCUAAACUUGUGGUACCCUAGGAACUUAACUUUACAUGGUCGAAUUGUCAUUUUAAAAGCAUUAGCCCUCUCCAAACUUAUUUAUAACACUGCUGUCCUCACUGUCACCCCCACAUUUAUUCAAAAAGUUAAUAAAGCUAUUACUCAAUUCGUCUGGCAAAAGAAAAAACCAAAAAUAAAACAAACUACCCUGAUUGGCCCUAAAGAAAAAGGUGGUCUCUCAUUGCCUGAUUUUGACAUAAUUAACAAUGCUCUCAAAGCAACUUGGAUCAGAAGCCUUCUCAGCUGUCAUCCCACCGCGAGUUGGACUCACAUUCCUGUUUCCCUGCUAGAGCGAGUUGGUGGUCUCUUUCUCCUUAAAUGUAACUUUGAACUUAAACAUCUUAACAUCCACAUUCCAUUGAUCUUUUACGAGAAAGCCUUGUUGGCCUGGCAAUCCAUAAAUUCGUUCACUCCCUCCUCAAAAGAAGAAAUACUGAAUGAAAUCUUAUGGAACAACCGCUUUAUUAGGAUCAACAAUUAUUCAGUAUACUAUAAAGCAUGGCAUGUAGCGGGUGUUGAAAAAAUUGGAGAUCUCUUCAACGGCAAUACCUUUCUAUCUCACCAAGACUUCUGCUCUUAUUUUGGUCUUAAAACUAAUUUUCUUACCUACUACGGUUUAUGCAAAGCAAUUCCUCCUAACUGGAUUAAAAUAAUGAAAGGUAAAUUACAACCGCCUUCGAAUAAAUCCAUAAGUAUGGAUAGAAUUCCCGUUGAGAAGCUUUCUUCUAAACUUGCUACCAACUUUUUGUUGAAAGAAAAUUUGUUCCUGCCACCGCAAAAAAAAAAAAGACUGAGAAAAGCUAGUUUAAACGAACAGCAAAUUUCUCAAAUUUACAAGAUGCCUUUCAGUGCUACGAAAGACAUACAACUCUCAAUGUUUCAGUUCAAGAUCUUACACCACAUCUUACCCACCAACGCUACAUUAUAUAAAUUGAAUUAAGGAACAUGACCGCUGUCAUUUAUGCGCUGAAAAGCAAACAAUCACACACCUAUUUGUGACUUGCCCCAAUGCUCAGCUGUUUUGGACACAUUUUUCAGUUUGGUGGCGCGAAAAAAACAACAUUGAGAUCUCGCUUUCUGAAGCACAAACACUUUAUGGCAUUACAGACACCGUGCCUCAGUGUCUUGGUUUAAACCUCUGCUUGAUAAUUGCAAAAUACUAUAUUUACACCGCGUCUAAAAAUGAGGAAGAUUAUUUUUUCGACGCUUUUUUGUCUAUCCUUAAAAAUAAAAUACAAAUUGAAACUAGCAAAGCAAAGGUGCAAGUCAAGCUGUAAAAAUAAUUUUCUUGAUUCUGGCUAAUUUCCCUUGUUUUUUGGCUUUUUUGUUUUGUUUGUUUGUUUGUUAUUUAUUUAUUUAUUUAUCUAUUUUUUUGUCGUUUUUUACGUAUAUACUCUUCGUUAAUAGAUAGUAAGUUAGUAAUUAGUUGUAUUAGAAUUCUUUUUUCAUUAUUUUGUAACAGUCUCCAACUCAUUGGCUCCUGUUUUGUAAGCAUUAUCUUGUAAGUUUAUAUUAUGUAAGUAUGUAGUAUUUAACUUAGCAAGUUAUAUGUAAGUGGGUAUUAAAGCUUUAUGUAAGUAAGUAAGUACUAUGUAAGUAAGUCAGCAUUAUGUUUGUAAAAACAAUAAAAAUUAAAAAAAAAAAAAAAAAUUGAAGGAAGUUAAGCGCUCUCCUGGUCGCAAAAAUUAUCGAUAAAAUCUCUAACAUUUGAUAACUUGUUUCCACCACAACAUUCUUGCUAAACCAAUAUGGACAAAAAACUCUUUUCACGUGGAGUUGUUAUUAACUUAAAAACAGCCUUUGACACUCUGAAUCAUAAUGUAUUACUUGAUAAACUAAAUUAUUAUGGCUUCCGUGGAAUUGUCAAUCAAUGGUUUUCCUCUUAUUUAUCAAAUUGUACACAAACUGCUGAGAAUUGACUCUCAUAUAUCUAGUAAACUAAAUAUCAAUUGUGGCAUACCCCACAGAUCUUGAAUUUAAAAACUUUAUUAAAUAUCUUGGACUGUUAAUCGAUGAAAAUCUAUCAUGGAAGACCCAUAUUCACUCUGUUGCAAACAAAAUAUUAGUGAAACAAUAAUUGGGCUAAUUGCGAGAUUAAGACAUAUUUUUCCCACUUGCACCCUCCUAACUAAUUGUCAGUCACUAAUUACACCUUAUCUAACUUACUGUCUUAUCUCUUGGGGCAACAUGUAAAACUUUCCUUGACCAAAUUCUUGUCCUUCAAAUCACGCACUGCGUUUGAUAUAUUUUGUUGAAACAAACGACCACGCAAUACCUUUUUUUGUCAGUCAGUGCUAAAAUUCUACCUUUACAGUCUCUAUAUUAUGAAUCCGUUUGUAGUCCUAUGUGUGAUGUACGUAAAAACACUGCUCCGGAUAAUAUUUUGUAACUCUUCUCUCGAAUUUCUGGUGUUCAUACUUACAAUACACGUGCCUCGACCUCUGAACAUUUUUAUACUAAAGAAUCUUGACUCAAUGUCAAACAGAUGCUUUCUCGCAUGUUGGGGUCAGAAUUUGGAAUGGGAUACCUCAAAUUCUUAAAGAAAGACUGAAAAAAGCUUUUAAAAGAUCAGUAAAAGCAACACUUCUCGAUAUCCUUUAAACUGAAGACUCCUAUAUUGAUGUAGAUAUGAUUUAAGUGAAAAUGAAGAAGCAAUUCUCUUGUCCUUUAUUUUCAUAUUAUCUUAUUUUUAAAAUUCACUCCAGUAUUUUCCUUGUAUUUGAGUAAAAUAUUAUGUAUCUACUGUAAAAUAUAUAUACUUGUGUAACGUUUAAUUUCUUUGUAUUUAUUGAGUUUGUAGUAAAUUAUGUAGCCUGGCCUGUCUCAAAUAGCCUUGCUAACUGCAGGCCAGUCCCAAUGUAUUUUUGUAAUAUAUUUCCAAAUUUAAAUAAAGUUGAAGUUGAAGUUGAAACUCAUAGUAGAAUCACAAUCACCAAAAUGACGCUGGUUCAUGCAAAUGCACUACCUAGUAUUGAGAAAAUCUUGUACUCGAUUGAUUUCGUAGUUGUACUCGUCUUAGAAUCUAAAGGUCUCCAGUAAACAACAACAACAACAACUCAUUGUACCCAAAGCAAGAUAUUAAAAUUAUUUCACAAGAUAUUAGAUUAAAAUAAUUAAUUAAAUAAAAGGGUACUGACUUGCUGAAUAACUAAAAAUUUAAAAAAGGCCAGGAAGCCAGAUAUUUCAGGUACAUAAUUUAAAUAAGUUUAUCAUGGAAGUAAAAAAUUAUCAUGGACAGAGUGGAAACACUCAAACUAGGACACUGUGAAGAAAGUUAUCCAUUUAUAAGGUUUUUCUUUUAAAUAAUAGAUUCUGAAGGUUUUUUUAACAGACAGUAUUUUAACAAUGUAAUGGCUAAAAGUUUGACCUUGCUGAUCCUUUUAAAAACAGGUUGUUUUAAUCUUUGGUUGGACUUGAUCCUUAAUUUUGUGAAAGUGCAUGCAGGUUUUGACUAAAAACAGAAAUGGUGUAUUUGACUUGCUUAGCUAAUUGGCAUUUGAAAGACCUUCCACUCUCCUCAUUUGGCUCACGAUCUCAGUUAUGGCAGAGCAAAUGUAAUGAAUUUAUCUAGUAUAUCCAACCCAUGUAAGUUUAGCAGUUAAGUGUUGGUAGCGAGUGACCAAGGCAUGUUAUAAUUAUAUAACAACAUCAUGUUAACUUAAAUAUACAUGGUAAUGUUAUGUAAUGUUGCAGAUUAGAAGACAACUGAAAAUUUUUUCAGCACUGUAAGCUCAACAUCAGCAUAGAAGGGCACCACUGGUUGCCAUUUUCAGUUUAUGAUCUCAUAUGCGCAUACAAACAUCUGUUCAUUAAUAUUUGGAAAGGUCAGAAAUAAAAGGCGGCACUAGGCUGAUGUGGAAUUUUACAAAGAUUCAUGAUUACUCAAAUAAUUAAUAGUAAAUAGUUAAGAAUAUGUACAUAUUCACAAAGUACUUGUAUAUCCAUAACAUUUAAAGUUAGAAAAAAAUAAACGUAGUGAGAAUGCUUAACCUGUCUAACUCCUUUUGAGAUGCUGAGGUAAAAGUCUUUGUAUGUACACGGCCUUGUUCAGUAACAUCCAAUAAAAAAAGGGUCUCCUUCUUUUAAAUGUUUGUUUAUCCUUUUAUUAAAUUCAUCAACAAUAGAUGAGCUUAGGGAAGGUGACUGGGAAGAUGCUGGAACGACAAGCACAAGAGCCGAGCGUGUGGGGUAACCAUGACAACCCUGUGAGCGGCAACCACCAGGCACUGUCACACUGAAAAAACAGUGGAACAAUGAUACUUACCUCAUGCUUACCACAGAGAGGGAGGGAGGGCAGGGAGUGAAGUCGCUGGGCACACAAUGAAACAGGCAAAGAGCAUGAGUUGAUCUCAACAGCCAAGCUGUAAAACUACCCAAGCCCCUGCAACACCCUCCACCAACCACUCUGCAUAACCACAACAGGGGAAGGUUGCUGACCAGCAUUGUUUUGCAUUUAAGUUAGCUUAAAUUACAUUUAACCACAUAAAACAAGACAGUUAAUGUCUCUGCUCCGUUAUGAUGCAUGUUAAAAGUGAAGUGACUUAAUUAUAAAACAGAUAAUGACAAGUUGGCGAUAAUUGGGGAGCACUGCCUUGCGCUAGGUUAGCCUGCGUGACUUCCGGCAAUGGCGUGACCAAAGAACCUCAUUCAUCUCCCCAGCAUUACGAGCUGAAUACAAUACAGCUUCUGCUGGAUCGGACAAGAGUAUCGGUUUCCAGGCGAUAUUAAACGGCAAUGCAGCCAACAAGCUUGGGGGAAGUCUCUGCGCAUACUGAACCGCACUGCGAGGAGUGUCUCUAGUUUAUUUGAUGGCAUAGCACAAAACAAAGCCCAAACCUUGUCUCCAAAGGGAGGGAGGGAAAAAUUUUACAAGAAUAGUAUACUGAGCACUUAAACCUUGCUGAACACUGGAACCCAAGUGAACUCUGAACAGUUUUUCUAGGCUUUUAUAGGUAGACAAAUGUCUGUUGGCAUAGCCAGUAGAAGAGGCUGUACUACAAGACAGCUCAGCGUUGCAUGUGCAAACUCUUAGCCAUGAAUAGUGCUUUGAGAAUAUUGGCCAAUGCUGGGGCUCGUACUAGCCUGGUUAAGACAACAAGGCCAUAAAGUUUCUACGCUAGAAUACAAUGCAUCUUAGAGCUCGCUGACCUUGACAACCUGACCACACAAUUGCUUUGUUGAAAAAGAACCGCCAUGAAUGGGUUACUGAUAACUAGCGUCACGUUCCAUUAACUACAUUUUACUGGUGUGACAGUAAAAUUGCUGUUAUACAGUAAUGGUGAAAAAUUAUGCUUUUGUGUCAUAACCAAACAAUCCUACGUGGGAAAAUUUCUUGUAACAAUACAAAUUAUUACAUAACAGCUUUUUAACAAGACAUAAAUUUAUUACUCAUUGAAGUAACUGCCGCAGUGGUUGGGCUCAAAACGCCUUAUGACCGGUACUCUAGGCCUCUGCAACUACUGGUGAUAUUAGAGCUCUGUAAUUUAGCUUGAUAUAUGUUUCAUUUCCAAAUACAGUUCAUGAUGUGAUGCAUGCCGUAUUAGUUUGGGAACUGUUUCUUUCAAUUUUCAUCAUAUUUAUGUGCUUAUCUAUGCAUAAUUUAUAAAAAAAUUAAUUAAGACAAGAGCCAAUUCACUUGAAAGCAUCACAUAACCUACACUGGCACAGCAGAAUAUUAACAAGCUAAAGAAAUCUAUUUAAAAACAUUAUUGUUGCAAAGCGUAUUAAAAAGUAAAUUUUUGUUUACAGGCUAUUUGCCACCUGCUGGCGCAAGUUCUCUACAAGCUGUCAGCUGUUACAUUCACUGUCUGGCCUCAGCAUCAAACUGGGAUUCAGGUAACAAAGAGUUAUGUGAAAAUACUACUAAUAGUAACUGCAAUGUUUUCUGCCUCACCGAUUAUAUUGGUCCAAGGUCAGGGUAAGUGUUACGAGCCAUAGGUGAAGACUAAGGCUGAUAGCACUUACCCAGACCUUGAUUAUUCUGGAUAACAGAAAUGCGUCAUGUAAUUGUUGUUUUAUUAUACACGGUCAUGGAGAAAAUAAUGACAAACACACUGUCUCAUGGAACAAACUUUGUCAUUGCUCUUGGAGAUCAUGCACCUGGCGCCAGCACAUAACCAAUCAUCUUUAGGUUGCGCCGAUUUCCAAAAUUAACUGCUGUUACUACUGUAGCCAGUGAGAAUACACAUAGUUGGUAUAAUGUUUGGUAACAUUUGAAGAUAUUAAUAUUCUCAUGUAAUUGGCUUUUAAGCGUUAAAGAGUUACUUUACAACACUUAGUUAAAUAUAAAAAAUGCAACAGAAUGGCAGCCAAAGUUGUGUGUUUGUUGAAGAAUGUCAACACAGAGUGUUGAAAAAAAGCCAGCCAAAGGAGGUCUGAAGCCAAAGCAAAUAAGCCCAACUGGUUAUUGUAGAAUAUGUGGCUCUCCAUUAGAUUAUUUGAAAUUAUUCUGGAUGAUAAUCCUUACCCUGCCUAACAGUUUUUUUGUUCAGUGCUUUACAGUAAAACCCUGUCAAGUAUUUAUAUUAGUAAUAAAAGUUCAAAUUGAUUAUUUUUAAUAUUGAGUUCAUUUAUUUAUUGGUUUCAAUAUCACGUUCUUCAGUUGAAGAAUUGGAAAUUCACAUUGAAGGUUGAUAUAGGGUUUUAGGGAAUCUGUUGUUUAACCAGAACACACUACAUCACUUGCACAUGAGACACACACAGGGUUCACACAGUCUUGAAAAGUCCUUGAAUUUUCUUCAACUUUGAAUGUAGUGGCUUGGAAAGUGUUCUUUGCUUUUUGGUUGUCCAAGACAGAAUAUGAAUCAUAACUCAGAGAAUUUAACGGUUAUUAAGUUUACCCAAAAUACUCAAUGUUUUAUGCAAUAAUUAACUAACAAUUUAAGACAAGUGAACUGAAAAAUAUAGAGAGGUUGGUGAAGCAAACAGUUAAAGCUUAAACGCUUUAUUAUAAUAGACUGGGGAUGUGCAUUUUUGUACAAUCUGUGAUAUUAUAUUCCUAAUAGGUGGUCCUUGAAAAGUCCUUGAAAAUGGUUGCAAUUUUUGUAUGAAUCCUGACCCCCUUAAGUUAUCCCAUAACCAUAAGGUGAUAUGAACCAUCACACUAAUUAAUGCUUGCUUAUUUUGAGUGAACUCGAACUAAAUAAUUAUUAUUUUCUAAGAGACACUAGCCACUUUUUGCUGGAGAGUCAUUUGUGCAUUCUGAUGAUUUGCCAUCAGUAGUACCUGGCUGAAGUAUAAAACAUUGUUGGGGACAUACAAUGUUCCCAGCUUAACUUUGUGCGGAAAACAGAGUGUGGACACAGAUUUUUAUUUUUGGAUGCAAAGUCAGGUCAUUUUCCUAGUUUAGCCUGCCCUUAAGUGUGAACUAAAUUGUGUAAACUUAAUGAACUCCAUAAUUUUGUCUUCAGCUUUUUGCAGUCUUCUUGUGACAGCAGGGACUGACAGAUGCCGUAUGGUUUGUGACCAGCUUACAGAUGGAGUUCCAGCCACACGGACAGUGUGUGCCAUGAUCAGGCUUCUUGAUCCCCUGGACAGUAUUUUAGAAAUGACAAGUUAUUGGAAACGUUCUUCCAACCAGCCAGAUCCUUUGUCCAGCAGAGUUCCAAGAGUAUUAGCACUAACACUUACACCAAGCCUUUGUCGCCUGCAUGCCCUGCUAUCUUUCACUUUGAACUGGCUUGACACAAAGAUGCACCAGUUUUUGACCUCUUGGUAUUUGGAACAGUUUUUGUUGCUUGUGCAAUGGGACCUGCCGAUUAUUUUAGAGUCAUUCAAGAAGACUUUUAGCUUCAUUCAAUUAUUGUGUGUUGUUCAUGAUCACAACAAUAACUGGAAUUCCCUGUCCUUGCACUAUCAUCGUUUACAAGAGCAGAAAAGCAAGUUGGAGGUUUGUGUGUUGGUGUUAAUGACUAAAAUAAAAUUAAAUGCUUAUUAUUUACCAGUGUCAACAGCUAGUGUUAUAUAAUCCACAAUUGAUCAGCGCUCGACGUUGCGACCCGUGGGGUCGCCAAUGCGACCAGCUUUUACUUAGUGGCGACCAAAUUUUCAUGCCUGGUCGCCAGCCUGGCCCCCAAGAUAGGUAACUUUCUUCUAUGGGAAAACGUACACUAACGAUAAUCUGUUAUCCUUCACAAAACUAAAUCCAGUAAUAUAAUUUUUGGCGACCAGAAUACUUGUUCUGGCGACAAAAAAUGAAAACUUGGGGGCCAGCUGGCCCCAAGAUUUUUUUUCUGAAAGUCAAGCACUGUUGAUGAUUGUUUUUUAACAGACUCAUUACAUUUAUAUGAGAUCUUUGGGUCCUUUUAUCUUUCAUUUGAAAACAAUAGCAAAAUAUGUUUAUUACUACGUUAACCAAUUGGUACUCAUUGGCCAGAUUCCAGACAAAUCUGCAAGAUCAAUAUGGAAUUGUUGGGGCUAAAUUGCAGACGUCUGUCCUGUGAGAGUGAGAGUCUUUCCCUGUAGCUGUGAGGAGCACUGAGAGACUGCUGUAUUUGCAGGCUACCAUUUUGCUUACCGUGUAAGGUGUAUAAUGGCUCUGAGGUAGUACCCUGCAUGACCAGCUACGUUUGUUACAAGAGGAACACGAGCUGGAAGCCCCCCUUUUUCCUACAUCAUCUGCCGAAACUUAAGAUGGUUUUAUCAUCUUUCAGAGACUGGUAAAAAAGUUUUGGAUGCUGUUCUCGAACAAUUUGACAAAGAUGUCAAGUGGGUUCUUUCAAGAGGCCAUGCCCGUUGGAAAGAGCUGGAAAAAGAGCCGACAUUCAGGUACACUAAAUUCUUUAAUGUGAAUUUCUCUGUAAAGUGUUCUUCAGUUUGCUUCAGUGUACAAUUAAUUGGUUUAUCAAUCAUGUGUAUUCAGAAUAUGUCUGGACUUUGCAUAGACUCUGACUAGUACGGUUAUACUCUUUAAAUAAUCCAAAGUUGUUAUUUUAAUAGCUUGAUCAGAGAAUAAGCUAAUAAGUGUGUAAUAUGGAGCAAGAACUGUGAAAGAACAUUCGCCUAUUGAAACCAUUAUAGUCAAACUUAUUUUGUUAAACAUUAUAGGUGUUCCAUAUCAGCGUAGCACAUAUGUAGAGUAUGCCAUUCGUCAGAUUUUGGAACCAGUUGUGGAAAGCACAGAAGGAUUUCCACUGGAUGGUAGACUGAAUGUGCUGACUCUUACUGUGAAUAACAUGAUGGAGUCAUGGAGUGAUUGGAUACUCAAGCAGGAGAUUGUUUUCAGGUGACUUAGAGAUGGGUUGCCUUUCGUUUCAUCUAUUUGAAUUAUUAAUUUUAUUUUGCCUGCUUUUAACAUAGACAGCAAUAUGCAUUCUGUUUUAAUUCAUGAACAUUCCUUUAAAAACUACAACAUCAUGUACAUUUGUACAUUAGAUUUUGUUUGCUGCCAAUUACAGAAGUGUCAUUAACACUAAUCUGGGACCCAUUUUGUGUUAUGACUGAAAAGCUAAAUAGGAGAAGAGGCAGUGAAAUAAAAAACUCUCAAGCAAUAGUUAUCCCAUAUAAAAGGGUAGUUGAUGCUGUUCGCAAAAUUGAAAGGAUUCCAAUCUGAGCUGGCUCUGGCGUUGUGAUCACCCCAGAAAGGCACCAUUUUAAUAGAGCUACAUGGUGGUGUAUAGUGAUUUUAAUAAUUAUGGUGAAGUAUAGUCAGUGAAGGCUUUCUCUCUUUCUUUUUCUUUUAUUUCUUUGAGUUUAAUCAAAGCAAUACCCGCAUGGGUCAAAAACAAAUGUUCGAUUUUUUAGUUGGUGAAGUCCUUAUUGUCUAGAUGCUUUAAAAAGUUUGAAGCAUUUGAUGGUUGAUACUUUUGCUCUUCUAAUCUAAUGGCCAGAUGCAAGAAUGAGGAAAACUAAGUCUUUUACUUUGCAGUUUAUGUUUUGUUCAUCGACCUUGACUUGACUGGGUGUUUUAAUGAAUCACUGGUGUAAAUACAAGUUGUUCCUGCUCCUAAACGAGUAUGGAUACCUGAGAUUUUAUUCCAAAAUAAUUUAAGUUUGUACAACCCAAAAAAGUAGUACACAACGUUUGACAAAAAUCUCAAUGCAGGUUCUAUUUCAGAGGAAUGACCUUAAUGCAUUCAUUUUUAAAGUAAACACUUGAUGUUCUUAGCUCUAACUCACUUUCCUAGCUCUUUCAAUAUUGCACAUCUUAGUUUGGUGUUUUUUUAAAAUCUCAACAGCUUUUAUGGUGCCCAGCAGCUAAGCCUAGAUUUUGGUUAUGUCAAAGUUUGGAUAGCCUCUGACUCAAGUAACCUCUCAUCUGAGAUCCAGUCACACCUCUUGAACUUAGAUGUUUUCCGGCAUUUGGAUGGUGCUAUCAGGUUAUUAAUGCUGCAGCCAAGGAAAAAGAAACAAUCUUCAAACAGCUCUGAUGAUCCAGAACUUGAGUCAAAUGUCAGUACAAUGAGUAGCAGUUCUGUGUUGUCAUCAUUAUCUGGUGUGGAUAUUGAUGCAUAUGACAUUGAUGUCCUGAAUGACAAGACCAUUCCCAACAGUCAAAAGUGGCUGGAUCUGCGUCUACGUGGAGGCAAAUCAAAGAAGGGCUUGCUUCCAUUCUGCCUUAAGGUGCAAGAAAUGAAGUGAUAUUUAGUCAUUGAUGUAGUUAGUAAGAAUUAUUCUGAACCAUGAUUAUUGUUUGGCUUAAUCUUAGCAUGGCAAUGUGAGGAGGAAAAUAUGAUCCUGUUAACCUGCAUUGAGCAUGGCUUGACUGAUGACUAAUGAUUCAUAAUUGUUGUAUUUGACAGCUCAUCAUACUAAUAAUUUAUGGUCAAAAAUUAAGUUCCUCUAAAUGAUUUCUUGUUAAUGUGCAU